AUGUCUGGGGAUACGUUAAGGCGCAGGCCACAUCCUGCCAAUCACACAUCCUCACUGGCACAGGGCAUGAAUAAUUUCAGCCCCCACGAGAAUUCUGUCCAGCCCCAAUUCAAUCCUAACACGGACCUCUGGUCCGGCAAUAUUGGUCUGACACCCACGCAUCCUUUCAAUGCGUACGGGUCUGAGAUGGAGAUUGAUUACUACACUCCCGGAACUAUGCCUGUAGAGCUUCCUCUUUCUGCAAAUGUUCCUAAUCAACUACAGCCUAAAGGCGCAGGCUCAUCCCGUUCCGACCGCCGUGAACCCGCAGACAUCGACUCAAGGGUUUGA